CCUUUCAAGGAGCUAACAGGAUGCUAGGAAGGAGAAGGAAGGGGAGGGGAGUGUAUGGCUGCUGACUCUGGAAUUGUCAGAUCUGUUUGAUGAAUCAUUACCUAUGACUUUCACGACAGGAAUCUGAUUUGACUAAUCAUCCAAUAGAGGUUUUUAUUUCUGUCUCCCAGCAUGUGAAAUCUAUCUGUCAGGUUUAGCAACUACUUAAGCAACAAACAACUGUCUUAAGAACAUACUUGUCAUCUUCUAGAGGUGUUUGCUGUGUACUGAGUAACUAGUAAACACUCCAUCACCCACAUGCCCCUUGUCACACAACACUCCCACACAAGAAAAGUGAAAUUGCCAGUUAGAUGAAUGUUUACACACGUGUGGGUGUUGGGAAUCUGGCCAGGUGUGAAUGCUAAGGAGGGAAGUGAACCCUAGGGAUUCCCCUGGCCGGUGGCUGAGAUCCUUAUUUGGUGAAGCUACUACCUGCGCCCUGGGUCCCAGGGCCAGCCUGAUAGUCUGGGAUCACAGCAGGGGAAGUGCGGCUGCUGACGUCCCAGCCGAAGAGAUGAAUGGAAUUCCAGGCAGCUGGAGUCAUGCUGGCUUGGGACGGUGGCUUGGACACCAAACUUCCAAUGACAGAAGCAUUAAGCAAGCGGCAGCACUCAUGGCAUUGGUGUACCCACAGAAAUAAAGAAGCUGUCCGCUCGCAUCCCCUUGAUCAGAAUUCGCACAUCGCCUCCAAGCGGCCAGCCGUGGAAGCGCCGCAGCACUGGGAAGAUGGCACUUUCCCGGGGACUCGGGCGGCAAGCCCCUGCGGAAAGGCUGCCCCGACACGCGUGGGAAGCCAAGCCGGGUACCCGCACUGCUGGCCAGUGCGACACCCACUCACGUCCAUGGAGGAUAGGCGGAGGGCAGGCGUGGGGCGAGGGCAGGAGCGCGGCGCUAAGCGGGUCCCGUGGUCCCCACCCCACCUGGAUGGAUGGACGAGGAUCAACAAGUACCCAAGAGAGAACUCCUUCAACUACUGAUUCCCUCUUGGUCCCAUUUACCCCGUUGGGCUUAUUUUUUUCUGUACAAACGGGUUCGCUCCCCAAGUGUCCACCCUUCAGCCGUCGCGCAGGCAUUCAAGGGGACGAGUUUGCCUGAAAGCCUCUCUUAAGGGUCUUGGGUUGGGUGGCUAGGGCCCUGUCGGCUCGGGAUGCGCGCACAGGGCUUGGGGCCGCUCGGCGCCAGAGCCCAAGUGCUGAGCCCGUGAGCGCCAAGGCCGCGUGGGCGGGCACCUAUUUUUCUGAGAAG